AUGAACCAGCUCUCUCAACUUUCUAACUUUUCAAGAUAUGCGGAUAAUCUGUCCGUGGAGCGUAUCAAGGCUGAAUUGCAAGGUAUGCAGAGCAAAUUAUCGACUCUGCGUCCUGUCCAGGAGUUUUUCAACGUGAAAAAGGUCUCGAAACCCCAGAAUUUCGGUGAUUUGCAAUCACGCGUAUCUUACAACCUAAGACACUUCUCGACCAACUACGCAUUGAUUGUGGGGCUGCUCAGUGUCUACACAUUGCUCACAAACCUGUUGUUGUUGUUUGUGCUUGUGUUUGUGUUUUUCGGUCUUUACGGAAUCAACAAACUGGAGGGCCAAGACCUGGUUACGCCGUUUGGUGCUUUCAAAAGCUCUCAGCUGUACACCGGGUUGAUGUGCGUCGCUGUGCCAUUGGGAUUUUUCGCGUCGCCCUUUACCACCUUGAUGUGGCUGAUCGGUGCAUCUGCGGUGUCCGUCUUGGGCCAUGCAUCGUUUGUGGAGAAACCAAUCGAGACAGUAUUUGAAGAAGAGACCGUUUAA